UAUGAGCUCAAUUUAAUUCACUCCAUAAUAAGAAGAGAAAAUCAAAUAAGUCUGUGAAUUUUCAAGUCAAACUAAAGAAAAAGUCAUUUAUGUGUUAUAAGGCAAUAAUUGGUAAGUAGAAUAGGCAAUUGAUAUUUUAACUAAUGCAGGCGCAUUCAUUUCUAAUAUAAACAAUACUUAAUCAUAAUAGCCUAAUAAUACUAAUAAGAUUUCAUAAUAGAAUAACUUAUAGAAUAAUAAUUCCCUUCCUACUAAAUAAUAGUAAAAUAAUAAAAAUCCUUCACAAAAUGAAAAAAAUGAUAUUUAAAAAAUAGAAGAACAAAUAAAAUUGACAGAUAAUUAAGAAUGGGAAACUUCUGAUAUUACUAUAGCAAAAAAUAAAAUGUUAUAAAAAUCAUUGAAUUAAAAUAUAGGUCAGGAACUGAAAAGAAUUUAUCAACUACCAGUUGGUCUGGUUAAUGUUAGAAAAAUAGGGUAUUUUAAUUGCAUUAUUUAAAUUUUGGUUUAGAAUCCUGCUUUCUUAGAAAAAGUGCUUACUUGGAAAAAAAAUUAGAAAUCUUAAAAUGAAAAAGAUAAAAAAGUAAAUAUAGUAUUAAUAUAGAUAUCUUUUAUUAUGGAAUUCUAAAUGUUAUUAAGAAGGUUGACUUUUACUAACAAAAGAUUCUUAAAUCAUUAAGAAUUUGUAGAAUAAACAUUCGAUAUUAUUAAUUUUAUUACAAAAACUAAAAUUUCUGAUAAAAAUUUAAAACCUAAUGAAUUUUUUGAAAUUUUCAUGAAAACUUUGGAUCCAAUUUUAUCCAAUACAGAAUAUGAAGAAAAUUAGUCUAAAAAUCUUUUAGAUAAUACUUUAAAUGCUCAAUUUUAAAUGUAAUAAUAAUCAGUUAAUGAAAUUACUUUAAAUUUUAAAAGAGAAGAUAGAUAUCUAUAUUUAUCCCUUUUGAAAUUGGUUUGUUAAGAUUAAUUUAUUAUGUUUUAGAAGAUUCCUCAAACAUUCAGUUUUAGUUUACUAUAAAAAUAGAAUAACAAUUCAUAGAUAAAAGUGGAUUAUUGGUUUCCUUUAACAAUAAAUUUGUAAUUUCUGACUAACGAAAAGAUGUGCUAAUAAUUGAAAAGUAUAUUGUUAAAUUUAGUGACUGAUAAAACAAUUUAAGAAAUUAACUCAAGUAUAAAUGAAAUAAAUAUGUCUAAGAAUAGAAAUUAUUGAAUUCUUUGAUUAUAGUAGAAUAGAGUUAUGAAUAGAAUAAAAUAAUUCCAAUAAAUGUUUUAGAAUAAUUAAGAAUUGAAAGAAAGAAAUUAUAAAAUGAAUUAUAGAAAUAUUUUUUAUUGAAUGAUGGCUUAAAUUAAACUGAAUAUCAUUAAGAUUAUUAUUAUUACUUACAUGCAGCAGUUAUUUAAAUAGAAAAAGAUAAUUUAUAACAUUUUUAUGUGUAUAUUUACAAUUUUACACUAAAACAAUGGUAUCGAUAUAAUGAUACAGAUGUAAGAGUUGAAUCAGAUGAAAUAGUAAGAAAGGAUAUAUAAUAAAAUGGAUGUUUCUUUGUUUAUGUAAGUCAAAAUCAAAUGAGAUGUAUUAAACAUCAUUAAGAAAAAUAAUUUUAGAUAUCAACUAAUUUAGAAUUGGAAUAAGGAAUUAUAAAUUGGAAUCAAUUAGAGAUAAACUAAUUAAUGAAACCUUUAAUUCCAAAAGAGAUUAAAAAAAUAAUAGAAAGUGAAAAUGAAAAUAACAAAAUUUAAUGA